UAUUCCGACGGUGUGUCUCAACACGACAAGUCUUCAAUCAUCAAUGGAGUCAACAAAGCUCCUCUUCUUCUUCUUCUUCCUCCACCUCAUCACAGCUUCAUCAUCAUCACAACCUCUGUUCCCCAAACAAGCUCAUCCCACCAAAUCAGGCUACCUCCCAGUCAAACCCACCACAGGCUCUGCAAUUUUCUACACUUUCUAUGAAGCUCAGAACCUCACAAUCUCACCCGAUCUCUCUCAAACCCCACUGCUCAUUUGGCUCCAAGGCGGCCCUGGUUGCUCCUCCAUGAUCGGCAACUUCUUCGAGCUCGGCCCAUGGCGUGUAAAUUUUAACAAACACCCUUCUGAGCCCCUUGCUCUGGAACCCAAUUCUGGUUCCUGGAACCGAAUCUUUGGCCUGGUGUUUCUUGACAAUCCAAUUGGAACUGGAUUCAGUAUAGCUGCGAAGCCAGAAGAGAUCCCAAGAGACCAGCUUUCAGUUGCCAGAGACCUCUUUGUUGCAAUUACCAAGUUUAUUGAGCUUGACCCUGUGUUUAAAUCACGGCCUCUUUACAUAACUGGUGAGAGCUAUGCAGGCAAGUAUGUUCCGGCUAUUGGAUACUACAUUUUGAAGAGGAAUGCUGAGUUGGCAGCUGGGUCACAAGGUGUGAAUUUACGUGGGGUUGCUAUUGGGGAUGGGCUCACAGACCCAGAGAUUCAGGUGGCUACCCAUGCUGUGAAUGCUUACUUCUCUGGUUUGAUAAAUGAGAGGCAGAGGAGUGAGUUGGCGAAGCUUCAGGUGGAAGCAGUUGGGUUCACUAAAGCAGGCAAUUGGAGUGAGGCCACAGAUGCAAGAAACAGAGUCUUGAAUUUGUUGCAAAACAUGACUGGGUCGGCGACUCUGUAUGAUUACACAAAGAACGUUCCUUACAAAACCAGUUUGGUUGAGGAUUUUUUGAGGCAUGAGGAGGUGAAGAGGGCUUUGGGGGUUAAUGGGUCGUUGGUUUUUGAGGAAUGCAGUGAUUUGGUGGGGGAUAUUUUGAAUGAAGAUGUGAUGAAGAGUGUGAAAUACAUGGUGGAAUAUUUGGUGAAGAAGAGCAAGGUCUUGUUGUACCAAGGGCAGUUUGAUUUGAAAGACGGUGUGGUUUCCACUGAGGCUUGGGUCAAGACCAUAAAAUGGGAGGGGAUUGACAAGUUUCUGUCAGCGGACCGGAAAGUUUGGAAGUUGGGUAGCGAGGUUGCUGGGUAUGUUCAGAAAUGGGGGAGCUUGAGCCAUGUGUUGGUUUCAGGGGCUGGUCAUCUUUUGCCUGCUGACCAGCCAUUGAGAGCUCAAGCAAUGAUAGAAGAUUGGGUUUUGGACAAAGGGUUGUUUGACAAUGCGAUUAAAGUUAAUUUGUCAUCAAAUUUCGUUAUCUAAAGUCGCUCCUUUUAUCGUUUUACUGUUGUAUUACUUCUCUCGAUGAAGAUGAUCCGAUCCUUUCAGGGUAAGUGUUCAGGUGGUUUAAGCUAUAAUGAAUAAAUUCCUAAACCAUAUUUGGGAUGAGUUCUGCAAAAUGUGAUUUAUUGGAAUAUGAAAGUCUCCAGCAGCCAAAAUUAUUAGGCAGUCA